GCCGGAGCGGGCGGACCAUGGAGCUCAUCAGCGUGCAGCAGCUGGUAAGUGGCGACAGGUAUGAGGGGAAGGUGCGGGCCUUCGAGGUGCUGGCGAGGGGAGCAGCGCAGGAGCCUGAGGGCUGGCGGCGUGGCGUGGCCGGGGUCCGGGAUGCCGUCAGCGAGGAGAAGCAGAAGGUGAAAGAAGAUAGGAGGAAGAAGCUUGAGACACUCCACAACUCCCGGGUGCGGCUGGAGAGUCUCCAAGACCUGGAGGCGAUCGUGAGGCUGCGGAAGCAGAAGAGGAGCCGGAAGAGGGUCCGCCCCAAGGAACCCGAGCCCGAGCUGUCUGUGCCGGCCGAGCCUGUGGACGCUGCCCAGUUCCUGCAGGCGGUGCUGGAGAAUCAGGUUCCCAUGAUUGACAGGUACCUGGCCGACGGUGGGGACCCCGAUGUUCACGACCAGUUCAGGUGCACGGCGCUGCACUGGGCCUGCCUCCGGGGCCAUGCAGAGAUCGUGGACAAGCUGCUGGCGGCUGGAGCCAGGCUGGAGCCCAGGGACAUGCUGGAGGCCACGCCCAUGCUCUGGGCCUGCCGCGGGGGGCACCUGGACGUUCUCCAACGCCUGCUGGACAGAGGAGCCAAGAUCUCCACGCGGGACAAGCAGCUGAGGAGCACGGCGCUGCACGUGGCCGUCCGGACGGGGCACUAUGACUGCGCCGAGCACUUGAUCGCCUGUGGGGCCGAGAUUGACGCACAGGACAAGGAGGGGGACACGCCCAUUCAUGAUGCCAUCCGGCUGGGCCGCUUCAAGGCUGUGAAGACCCUGCUGAUGUAUGGUGCCAACCUCAGCAUCCGGAACCAGCAGGAGGCCUUGCGACCCGUGGACCUGGUGAAGGACUGGCAGAGGGGCAUCCGGCAAACCUUGCAGGCGUGUGCCGACCGGCAGCGCCCCCCUCGGCCACACUGACGCAGCAGGACCAGCGUUCAAUCCCCUCCCCCACCAGUGACUACUGCGAGGUCUGGGUGCCACCCUGGUGCCCUCUGCAGGCCGUGCUCAUCCCUACAUGGCUUCCCUACCCGGCCAGGGGAUCGGGCCACCUGUCCUGGGGGAGGCUUGUGGGGGUUGGGGGUGGUGAAGUUUGACCCUGACACUCACCUAUUCCUGGUUGUAUGGGAAUGUUUCCCUUUCCCUGGAGCUGCCCCUUGGCCAGGUGAGGCCCUUGCUGUCCCUUGGGGAAACUGAGGCAUGAGGGGCUAAGACUUGCCCAUGGCCACACAGCUGGUUAGUGGGAGAGCUGGAGAUGAACCCAGGAGUCCUGCUAUUUCACCCAGCACCAUCUCUCCAUGGCCCGCACCACAAGGAGAGGAACUGCCCCGGGGUCUGAGCAGACCCCCUCCUCCUUCUGGGGAAGCGAGCCCUGCGGCCUUCCUGAGGCCGUGCUGGAGGGAACACUGCUCUCUCCUAGAGGCAGGCACCUGCUGCACCCCAGGGUGAGCCCCUGAGUGCAGGGAGAGGCUGAGCCAGCCCUGGGGGUAGAACAUGGUGCAGUGAGACGGGGCAGCAGGGCAGGGCCUAAGCCAGCACAGCUUCCUGGCUGAUGGAGGCAGGUGGCUUUCCUGGCCUGGCCUUGGCCAUCUCACAAUCAGGCUGUGCCCUGGGCCAACUUCUGGCCAUGGCUGCCCCCUAAGGGAGUGCAGGCCUGACCCCCAACCCCCUGGGUGGCAGGGCCUGGUGCCUGAGGGGCUCCUGCUGCUGCUUCCCUCCAGCCCCUCGCCUCUGCCCAUGGCCAAGGGGGCAGCUGCACCCAGCCUCCUGUAGCUGUGAGGGCAGCCCCUGCCUUACCCUUGGCCCCCAGCAGCCUGGCUGUGCGAGCCCCCAGCCACAUGCGUCCCCUGGGCUCAGGCUCCACACAGUGGCUAACAGCUGGGGGGAGGGGGGAGAGCCUGGACCAUCUCCCUCACAGCCUGGCACAGGAUAGGCACGGCUCCCUCUGUUCCCCCAGCUCCCGGGAGCGCUGCUGGCUCGGGAGGAGCCGAACUCGUUGAGAUGCCUGUGGGGGAUAUGGAGGCUGGAGCCCAAGGAACACGGGACCCUCCAGCCAGUUAGCCUGGAGCCAGCCAGUACCCACCAGCAGCACCGAGUCUGCCCUUCCCCAAGCCCUAGGGGGGAAGUGCCCAGGCUGAGCAGGAGAUGGUCCUGCUUCUCCGCUGCUGGCCUUGGGUGAGUCCUGGCCCCUGCCUCAGUUUCCCUAUGUGUAAAAUGAGGCUAACAAUGAAUGGAACCAGCUUCUGGGAACCCCGGGUUCAUGCCCAGCUCAUUGGGCAGCUCUCGGUGCCGCAGGCUGCCCCCUCAGCACUGCAGGUCAGGCUGAGACCACCAGGAAGCUGCUGUGGCCGGAGCAUGGCCCCUGUGCCCCCUCUUACACACGCUGGCACGGGCAGCACUUCUCCCCCACCAGAACUGGUACCCGGGUGCUAAUGGAGCUGGAUGGACUCAUGCUCUGGGGCAUCCGGCCUAGGAGGGUGUCUGCAAUGCUGGUGUAGCGCAGACAGCAGUGUGGGCUUGGUACAGAGCUUGCACCCACCCUGGCCUGGCUCCAGUGCCCUUAGCAGGGCCCCCAGCAGGUAGAGGCUCUAGCUCCCUGCUGGGAGGGUAAGGAACCCUGUGCCCAAGGCUGGGGGGUGAGGUUAGAGGAGAUGCUCCCUGAACCCCUGCCCUGGCUGCUGCCUAAGACUACAGCUCCCUGUGCCAGUCACUGCCCGGAACGGCCCCACCUGUGCCCCAGUACUGCUGGGAUGGGCACAGGCCAGAGCAGGUACAAGUGACAAGGUAGCAGCAGGUACAGCUGGGGAUCUGCCCUAGCCGCAGCCCCCAGCUCGCUGCAGAGCAGGCUCCAGGCCUGCGGGUGCCCAGCCUGGCCCCCAGGCAAGUGAAUAAAGCUCCGUUCCAAGCAGCGGCAGUGCCGUGUUCUGUGCCCGCCCUCGCUACGCAGGUGCCGUGCCAGGGCAGCAGAGGGGUGUGAGCGCUGGCCUUGUGGCUGUGCUAUGUGGAGGAGGUUGGAUCACAGCUUGGUUGGAUCACACCAGGUAUUUUUGGAAGAAGGCAGUUUAGCAGGGGGAGGGGCACCAGGCUCACAGCCCCUCCCUUUUCCACACACCACACCUGUCUCCCCCAUAACUGCAGGGCAGCACUGCAGGAACUGUGCCAGCAAGCAGCCCCCUUUCCAGCAGCCCAGCCCAGGCACCUCCUUUCACUGCAGGCAGCGGUGCAGGUUUCAGAGGGAGGGGGCCAGCACUGGGGAAGGAAAGCAACUAGCCUGGGACCUGGGAUGGGUGUUUCCUGUCCUUUGCCAAAGGGGGAUGGGUCAGCUUGUGUGGGUUAACCCAGGGCAGCGGGGGGAGGGAGGUGCCCCUCACAGGAAGCCCCGUCUCAGGCUGCAGGAGCCUUCACAGAAAACCUUUUCCUCUGGCCGAGACAAGCUGCGACAGGUGUGCAGGCCUGUCCCCAACCCCCUGGCUGGCAGGGCCUGCUCCCUCCCUGUACUGGUGCCUGAGGGGCUCGCGGGGGGAGGGGCACAGCUCUCCCAGGAGGUGUUUGCAGCCCCCCCCCAUUUCCACCCCACUUAAUGGCAGCACCUACCUCGUGCAGUAAGAUCCAUCCCAGGCCCCUCCCCACGCCGCGCGGAGGCCAUGGGAUAGGGACAGACAGGCGCGGAUACGACAGGGCAGAU